AUGAUGCUACGACGCCGCCCGUGCGUGCGUCUGCCCAGCAGGUACUCUGCCCGCGCCUCGCACGCGUCGACGUCGGACGAGAUACGCAGCUGCUUCCUGCACUUCUUCGAAGCGCAAGGCCAUCGCGUCGUACCCAGCGCGUCGCUCGUCCCACCGGAGAAUGACUCGUCGCUGCUGUUUGUGAAUGCCGGGAUGGUGCCAUUCAAACAGGCGUUCCUCGGUCUCGAUGGCGGGGCAGAGGCGCGCGGCUUCUCGAGAGCCACGUCAGCGCAGCGCUGUGUGCGAGCUGGCGGCAAGCACAAUGAUCUGGACCAAGUGGGACUUACACGCCGCCACCACACGAUGUUUGAGAUGUUGGGCAACUUUAGUUUCGGCGAUUAUUUUAAAGAACAGGCAAUCGCAAUGUGCUGGCGCUUCCUGACUGAUGAAUUGAGUCUGUCUGCUGACAGGCUGCACGUGACAGUGCUGAAAAGCGAUCACGAGACCCGCCACCUGUGGAAGCAGAUCUCUGGGCUGCCUGACCACAAGAUCCGAGAACUGGACGAGCGUGACAAUUUUUGGGCAAUGGGCGAUUUGGGUCCAUGUGGUCCAUGCUCAGAGGUGUUUUACGACUUGGGAGAUCACAUGGACGACCCAGACGAACGCUUUUUGGAGCUAUGGAAUCUCGUCUUUAUGCAGUUCUUCCGCAGCAAAGGCACAGGCAAGCUGCAAGCGCUUCCUGCGUGUUCUGUCGACACUGGAAUGGGCCUUGAGCGUGUGGCAUCCGUUCUUCAGGGGGUCCCUUCUAAUUACCACACGGACAGUUUUGUGCCCUUGUUGGAAGAGGUUGCAUCGGUGCUGGAUGCUCGUCGAUUGCCAACUUCGCGCCCAUCAUUCAUAGCUGCUUUUGAAGAGGAAAACGACCCACGCAAAAAUGUGUUCGGCACUGGAAAGGAGAUUCAGGCUCUCCGAAUCAUCAGUGACCACCUUCGCGCAACUUAUGCACUGCUGCACGAUGGCGUCUUUCCGUCAAAUGUGGGUCGUGGCUACGUGUUACGGCGUAUCAUCAGACGAGCUAUUCGGCAUGCUCAACAGCUCGGUGUCCAUAGUGGCUCGGACGGUACUUUGGCCUCCGUUGCAGUUCCAGUUUGGACAAAAACGUCAGGCUUUCAGCAAAUGCGUGCAAUCGUGCUGAACGAAGAGAAAGCAUUUGAAAAGAUGCUGCACGACAACCAAGGCGUGAUCGAGAAAGUAUUCUCCAAGUCGGCUGCAACAUUGUCGGGCGCCGAUGCUUUCCGACUCUACGACACUUACGGCAUCCCACUUGAUAUCACGCAGGUGUUAGCGGAAGAAAAAGGUCUCACCGUUGACGUCGAGGGAUACAAGACGCAUGUAAAGAAUCAGAAACAACGAAGCAGUGACUGCAGUUUGUUCCCUGGGCAACACAGAGAGUCGUCACAGUAUGCAAAGCAGUCAUCAGCUGGCCCGGUGAAACCUCUGGUAAGUAUAUUCGUGGGCUAUGAACAACUCAGCGUGUCAGACGCUCGUAUACUGGACAGUUGGCCACACUCGGAUGACAAGGGGAGAGCGUCGACUGGAUUCAGCGUGAUUCUUGACCGCUGUCCAUUUUAUCCAGAAGGAGGAGGCCAAGCAGGCGAUCGCGGACGUCUAGUGAUUCAUUCUGCGGACGGUACGCACCGGAUCGGUGUUGUCGUCGAAAACACGACGAAUUUGAACGAGGGGGCUAUUGCACUGAAGUGCGCGCUGCCAGAGGAUAUGGCGUUCGCUGAUGUUGCAGGUCUGCUGUUUCCGGCUGAUGGUUCAGCGCCCACCGUGGAAGCACAUGUGGACUCUAAGUUCCGUUCUGGCUGCGCAGUGCACCACACAGCGACGCACCUGCUGCAGCGUGCACUUAAGGCCGAGUUGGGUGAGCACGUCACACAGGCUGGCUCGCAAGUUACGAGUGAUCGUCUUCGUUUCGAUUUUGCUCAUUUCGGGGCUCUUUCUGUUGACGAAAUGGCGAGCGUAGAGGCAAGAGUCAAUCAGUUUGCAGCUGCUGCGUUGGAUGUGAGAACGGUUGAGUUGACGCGAGGAGAAGCUGAGCGCAGUGGCGCUAUUUGCAACUUUGGCGACAAAUACGGAGACGUCGUGCGUGUCGUUCACGUAGGCGACGUUGGUGACAUUGCAGAAGCUGGCGCGGCUGAAGGACCUGUAUCGAGCGAGUUUUGCGGUGGAACACACGUGUCCAACACGCGUGAGGUGUUUCCCUUCGUCCUGGUAAGCGAGGGGUCAGUUGCUGCUGGCACGCGACGUGUGGAGGCUGUGGCAGGAUUCGCCGGUGCAAUACACUUACAGGCAAAAGCGCAGACGCUGAGGGAGGUAGCAGACCAUUUGUCGACGACGCCUGCGAAGGUUGUGGAGCGCGUCACCAAGAUGCAGAAACAGGUGAAGCAGCUCGAGAGUCGGGCUCAAGCUCUCGGCGACGCUUUGGCCACGCUUCCAUCAACGCCUUUUGUAGAAGGACCUCUAUUCGGAACUGCGGGCGCUCCUCAAGUAGCGCUGCAUGUCUUGGAUGUCGCUGGAGUCGGCGAUGUCUCCAAGAUACUCAAACGCCGAGCUGAGUUUCUGGCCAAGCAAACUGCGCCUGACAUGGUGCUGCUCCUGAAGCUUGGCUCGCAGAUCGCGUGCUCCACCAGCGCUGCGUCAAAAGUACAUGCUGGUGAGGUGCUACAGCAGCUGGUGAAGCCAUUGGGCGGUCGCGGAGGUGGCAACGCCCGCUUUGCACAAGGCUCCGUGCCUGCCGAGCUCGUCCCGCUCGAGAUUGCUCGUCGUGUGCUGAAUAAAGCGGACGAAUAG